AUCACGGAGUAUCGAGAAUCUAGAUACCGAUCGCCGACGUAACUUAACCUAACCUACAAACGACAUUUAUGUAAUUUAAUCCGAAUAAUCGACUUCUUGCGUCGGUGAUAUCCGUCGUUAAUCGCUCUUUGCAAAGUAAAUUAUAAAAAAAAAAAAUAAGUUAGAUCAAAUAAUGGGCGUCUUGCGAUUUGCUGUGAAGGCCAGCGUAGCUGGUGGCUUUACUUAUUACACAAUUCGAGAAGGUCUUUGGUCCGAUCCAGAGGAAACUGUAAAACUGUAUGGUAGAAUGUACAACAACAUAGCACCAUACGUGAAAAGAAAUAUUCCCAAGGAAGUAGCAACAGAGCUUCCCGAACUGCCUAGUGUCACAGACAUUACGUGCUUAGUUAAAUCCUCAUGGAACAAGGGCGUGAUUACAACAUUUAAGUUCAUAUCGAAUUUACCUGAACACACAUCUAAUGCAAUCGAGGCGAGUGGAAUCAAAGGCGCUAUUCUUAGUGCGAUAGAUUCUGUCAAUACCCCCGAGAAACCAGCUCAGGCUUAAGAAUUGAAUGCUUGUUUUAAAUAAUUAACAUAUUUAUUUUAUUGUCGUAUUAGUGGCAAUGCAUAGUUCCAUGUGUAAAUAAAGGAGAUUUCAAACUCUGAA